UUAGCUUGUGGGAUAAUAGAGGUGCGAGAGCAAAGAGAAAGGAAUCAAGGAUUCAACCAAAAUUCAUCUUCCCCACAAAACUACCAAAAGCAAAAGCAAGCGCCAAGCAGGCCAAGUACACACAAAGAGAUGUUGUUCCAGGUGGGAGGUCAAGGGAGUCGUCCCACUUUCUUCGAGAUGUCCGCUGCCCAACAGCUUCCCUCCAGUCUACGGGCUGCUCUUACCUACUCCAUCGGUGUUUUAGCGCUAAGAAGGCCUUUCCUCCAUAAAGUCUUGGAUUAUGAAGACGAGUUCUUUGCUGCCCUUACCCUUAUUCUAGAAACCCAUAGUUUACGAACCACAGAUGCUUCAUUUGCAGAGUCUUUAUAUGGCCUAAGAAGGAGAGCUGUUAAUAUCCACAUGAAAAAGGAAGACCUUCGUAUGGAAACAGGAAACAGAAGUCAACAUUCUGGAAUAAGAAAGCAUCAAAAGCUUCUCUCAGUUGUGUUUCUGGUUGUGUUGCCAUAUCUCAAGUCAAAGUUGCAUUCAAUCUACAAUAAAGAAAGAGAAGCUGCACUUCAAGCCAGUCUUUGGGGAAAUGUUAAUGAAACAUUUGAUGAGAUGGACACUUCAUUUGCUUCAACCAGCAGUCUGGAUACACAUACAGAGUUAUCAGUGAGAACACAAUUCAGGAAAAGAAUGCAUAAGAUUGUUGCCACUUGUUACCCUUGGGUCCAUGCUGGAAGUGAAGGAUUAUCAUUUGCUUACCAGUUGUUAUACCUAUUGGAUGCUACUGGAUUCUACUCCCCAGGAUUACAUGCUCUUGGACUCCAUGUUUGUAGAGCUACAGGACAAGAACUGAUGGAUACAUCUUCAAGAAUUUCCAAAAUAAGAAGCAAUGAACGUGAAAGACUUCGUGGGCCUCCUUGGGUGAAGGCAGUUCAAGGAGUAUUGCUGACUUGUGGUUAUGCAGUUCUUGACUAUGCACAAACUGGUCUCAUAGCUGCUGUAUUUGGUUUUAAGAUGAUGGAAUGGUGGUACCAAUCUGCUGAGGAGAGAAUGUUGGCUCCUACCGUGUAUCCUCCACCACCUCCUCCUCCCCCACCUAAGGUGGCGAAGGAGGGUAUCCCACUGGCAGCUGACCGGACAUUAUGUCCGCUGUGUUCACAGAAGCGUGCAAAUCCAUCAGCAAUUACAGUUUCUGGGUUUGUGUUUUGCUAUGCUUGUGUAUUCAAGUAUGUUUCACAGUAUAACCGCUGCCCGGUUACAUUGGUUCCUGCAUCUGUGGACCAUAUUAGGAGGCUCUUCCAUGACUUGUAGAACCACAACCAGAUUAAUGGGAAUUCAUUCAUAAACUUGAAGUUCUGAUUAUGUGGAAUCAUAUAUCAUAUGUGAAUCCCUUAGAUGUUGAAAUAAGACGUUGUUACUUUCAUUUCAUUGUUAUAGACCUAUAUGAUAAGGACAUAUGGUGCCUCACUUUCUUUGUAAAUAAUGUUCAUCAUUCAUCAAGGGUUUUAGAGUAAUGGUGAUGAUAUAUGUAUUAUGUAUUUAUAUUUGUCGAUUACUGUUAUAAAGCAGCUAUAACUUUUUUUUA